UAGAUCCAUCGUCCGCCAUUGCGUUCCGCCAUUUUGCCUAGUCGGGAGUGAACGUAAAACUAUUUUUAUGUAUUCGAAUGUGGCAAAAUAGUUGUUUAGAUUAAAAAUUAGUGUUUCGGCACACUAAUGGCUUGCUUAAAUACCCUUAAGUUAGAAAUAAAGACUUUAGAACAAGUGUUUCCCAAAAGCCAUGAGCGGUUUCAGAUAAUGUCAGCUAGUGUCGAUGAACUGACCUGCAGAUUCGUUGGCAAAAAUGGAAAGAAAUAUGAAAUACACGCAAAUAUCACGGAAACGUACCCCAACACACCCCCUGUGUGGUUCGCUGACAGCGAAGAUCCCAUUGUAACAAAUGCUGUGCAGAUUUUGAGUAACACACAAGGAAGAGACAACCAUGUCAUAAACCAGGUGGGUAUAUUGUUGCGGGAACUAUGCAAAUUACACGGCGUUCCAGAACCGCCGGAUUUGGACUCGUUGUCGCUACCUCUCUAUCCAGUACCACAACACAGAUUACCGAGUGUGACGUCAAAUGGUGCGGAAUCCGGCACUGAAGAGGAUGAGGAGAUGGCCGCAGAGGAGGAUGACUCAGAGGGAGAAGAUGACUUGCCACUUGAGAUGGUAGACGAUGCUGGACGAAGCAAUAAGGAUGACAUGGAAAUAGAGCAUUUAGCGACGUUAGAGCGGCUGAGGCAGAAUCAGCGGCAAGACUACCUGUCGGGCAGUGUGUCCGGCAGCCUUCAGGCGACUGACCGCCUCAUGAAAGAGCUGCGUGAUAUAUACCGAUCGCAUUCCUUCAAAAGCAACAUGUAUUCUAUAGAGUUAAUAAAUGAUUCACUGUACGAGUGGAACAUAAGGCUGCGCUCCGUGGAUCCGGACAGUCCAUUACACAAUGACCUACUGCUGCUAAAGGAAAAGGAGGGAAAGGACUCGAUACUGCUGAACAUUAUGUUCAAGGAGACGUACCCCUUCGAGCCACCCUUCGUACGUGUUGUAUAUCCUAUUAUAUCAGGUGGCUACGUCCUAGUAGGCGGUGCAAUAUGCAUGGAGCUCUUAACAAAGCAGGGCUGGUCCUCAGCGUACACAGUUGAGGCGGUCAUCAUGCAGAUAGCCGCCACGCUCGUGAAGGGCAAGGCGAGGAUCCAGUUCGGAGCGACCAAAGUAGUUUCACAGUCACAGUACAGUCUGGCUCGCGCGCAGCAGAGCUUCAAGUGCCUAGUGCAAAUACACGAGAAAAAUGGUUGGUUCACUCCGCCGAAGGAAGACGGCUAAUGCACGACGCCCGCCCCAACAGUAAGAUUAACGUGCAACAUGCGUCGCUAGAACCGUACACAAGCAGUCACGCGACGCGACUGUCGCGGCCAAGCGACGCGACUGUCGCAUUCCAAGUUUGUAUGAUGUGUUGUGUACGGAACAGACACUCGGCACAGUAUUGUGUACUUUAUCGAUAUAUUAAGUGCUAUUAUGUCAGUGCGGACGUCGUGAGAGACCUUAUAAGACUUAUAGAAAAAAAAUGUGUAAUGUUUUUUGUAAUCAUUAAUUUUUCUCAUCAAGUUAUCCAUAAUAUGGUAGCCUUAGACGUUACUGAGUGUAAAGUUGGAAAAAAAUAUCUUUGCAUUUCCUUUUAGUUAAUGAUGGAAUAAAAGAAAACCUGUGAUUCGUAACGAUUA